UCCUCCUCCCCACACUCGCAUCGCGUCGCAUCGCAAGCGCGACCGACCAACCAGCCAGCCAGCCAAGCAAACCAAGCCAAGAAACACCAAGGAGCCUCGAGCCUUCCAAAACAAGCCAAAGAUUUAUUUCCCGAGCGCGCGGGAUGCUGUGAACCUGCCCAUGGCACCGCCACAGGAGCGCGACUACAUCGGGCUGUCGCCGGCGGCGGCGGCGGCGCUGGCCACGGAGCUGCGCCUGGGCCUUCCCGGAACUGCGGAGGAGGCUGGCAGCGAGGGAGGCGGGGCGGAGGCUCCGCUGACGCUCGAGCUGCUGCCCAAGGGCGGGGCGAAGCGCGGGUUCGCGGACGCCAUCGUCGGGGGUCCCGCCGGCCAGCGGCGGGAGGCGGCCGGGGGCAAGGCGGCGGCGGCGGAGGCCGACGAAGAGGAGGAGGAGGAGAAGAAGAAGGCGCAGGCGCCGGCGGCGAAGGCGCAAGUGGUAGGAUGGCCACCAAUCCGCAGCUACAGGAAGAACACCAUGGCGAUGACCCAGCCUGCUCUGAAAGGCAAAGAUGACGGGGAGGUGAAGCAGCAGCCUCCUGCCUCUGGGUGCCUCUAUGUCAAGGUUAGCAUGGAUGGUGCUCCUUACCUCAGGAAGGUGGACCUCAAGAUGUACAAGAACUACAAGGAGCUCUCGCUGGCCCUGGAGAAGAUGUUCAGCUGCUUUACCGUCGGUCAUAAUGAAUCAAAUGCGAAGUCAGGAAAAGACGGAUUAUCUGAUUGCCGCCUGAUGGAUCUUAAAAAUGGGACAGAACUAGUGCUCACUUAUGAGGACAAGGAUGAAGAUUGGAUGCUUGUUGGUGAUGUUCCAUGGAAAAUGUUCACAGACAGCUGUAGGAGGCUGAGGAUUAUGAAGGGGUCAGAUGCAGUGGGCCUUGCUCCAAGAGCCACUGACAAGAGCAAAAGUCGGAACUGAGCCAAAGAUGAACCCAACCCAAUAUGAAUAUCUAAUCCAUGCAAUCAUCACUACUUGUAAGGCCCCAUCCUCUGAACUACAAGGGUAAUGGUCUAAGUUGUGAGAAGGGGUUUAUGUAUACCUAUGUGUCACCACCCAUUUUGUUUCCUUUUUGUCUUUUUUUUUUUGACCAGUUAUGUUAGGUUUGAAGCAUAAGUUGUGUAAGUUCUUGUAAGUUUGUCUACUUUCACCUUUUGUUGUAGUUUCUGCUGUAAAUUGUUGUGCUGUAUGAUGCAAACUUUUUUUUUUUGGUAUUCUGCUUGGUGCUUGCAAGUUGCAAUUGUCAGUG